AAACAAAAGAUGCUAUUCUUUGGAAAAAUAGAGACCUAGUAAAAGACCUAGAAGAAGAAUAUAGAUAUACAACUAACCAAGCACUAAACUUGGACAGAAAAGAUUUUGAAGCAAUGCAAGAACAAAUGGAACAAUGUGAAAGUGAACCAUUAAGAGAACAAUACCAAGCAAAAUAUAGAGAACUAUUGGGAAUAUCUCUAGAAAACUUAGAUAAAAUGCAUGACAAAGAAGACAAAGAAGAACAAAUGUUCCAAGAACAACAAUGA